AUGGUGAUCCAAUACCAAGGGGCGCGCAUCCCUAUCUCAUUUGCAUCUUGCAGCAUCCCCAUGAAGAUCAAAGCAACUCUCCCCGACAAACUCAACGCGAUCCGAAAUGCCGGCUUUGACGGAAUUGAGCUGUCCAUGCCCGAUAUCAUCAGCCAUGGAGAACUACUCAACGGAUCUUCACCUAAAGAGGAUGAUUAUGAUACCCUUGCCGAUAUCGCGAAGCAGAUCAAAUCAGUGACAGAUGAGUUGGGGUUGAAAAUUAUGAUGUUGCAGCCUUUUGCCAAUUUUGAGGGCUGGAACAAAGCGAAGCAUGGCAAACAGAGACAGCAAGCUUUUGAUAAAGCUAAAGGAUGGAUCAGAGUUAUGGAGGCUGCUGGUAUCACUCUCCUCCAGGUCGGCUCAUCUGACUCUGAAGGCAUCUCUCCCUCCUUCGAUGACCUAGCCUCCGACCUUGCAGAACUAGCAGACCUCUUGGCCGAAAAGAACUUCAGCAUCGCCUACGAAAACUGGUGCUGGGCCACCCACGCCCCAACAUGGAAAACAGUCUGGCAAAUCGUCCAAAAGGCCAACAGACCCAACAUUGGUCUUUGUCUCGAUACGUUCCAAACAGCCGGCUACGAGUGGGGAGAUCCCACCACAAACGACGGUCUCACCCCAGCAAGCAGCGCCGAGGAGCGCCAGAAGCGAUGGGAGUCGAGCCUCCAAGAACUUGCUGCUACUGUUCCAGCAGAUAAGAUCUAUCUUCUCCAAAUCUCAGACGCAUACAAAAUGGACCCUCCGAUUGAAGAUGUCAAGGAUGAACAAGGAAGUAGACCUCGCGCGAGAUGGAGUCAUGAUUAUAGGCCGCUGCCGUGCGACGGCGGAUAUUUGCCGGUGCAGGAUAUGAUGGCUGCUGUGCUGAAGACUGGGUUUAGAAGCUGGCUGAGUGUUGAGGUCUUUGAUGGACUUGAGGGAGAAAACACGGAUAUGAAUGAGUAUACUAAGAUGGCGUUUGAGUCAGUCAAGAAGUUGAUUGACUUUAGUGGGUGA